AUGACUGGUAACUUUCAGAUUCAUCCCAUUAUGAUAUCUCCAUCCGUGCUCGCUCUUAUCAUCUUACCGGCCGUCGCCACCGACUACUGCGUCGACUUCUGCCUUACCACUGAAAGCUGUGAAGAUUCAUAUUGUAAAGAAAACGGCUUGUGCUUCGGUCUCUAUCACAAGAAUGCUGGUACUUGCUUCCAACCCGGCGGCUUAGACAGUGACUGCGAUGAUUCCACACUGGUACCCGUAGCGUGUGAUGAGAUGCCUUUCAGUAACACGACCAGAGAGUGCAGUGAAGCGUGCAACACUAUAGCAAGCUGCCGUGAAUCGCUCUCUGGAUCGUAUUGCAAGUCAUGGAUCGAUCCUCCGGUUUGCUUCGGUAUUCUUGUCAAGGCUGAUGGGGAUCUAUGCUAUGAAGGAGUAGAUGAGAACUGUGAUGGUACUCCUUAUCCCUGCAAAGAAGUUGAGGUCACUGAGACUCCCAUUGCACCCUCUACCGAGGCUCCCACGGGACCCUCUACCGGGGCUCCUGCCGUAGAUUCCACUGAGGCUCCAACCGAAGCUCCAACCGAGGCUUCUACUGAGGCUCGUACCGAAACUCCUACCCCGGCGUCCACUGAAGCCCCUACUGAGACUUCCACUGAGGCCUCUACUGAGGCUUCCACUGAAGUCCCUAUCGAGGACCCCACUGAGACUCCCACUGGGGCUCCCACUGAGGUUCCCACUGAAGCCCCUACCGAGGCGCCCACUGAAGUCCCUAUCGAGGACCCCACUGAGACUCCCACUGGGGCUCCCACUGAAGCCCCUACCGAGGCCCCCUACGAAGCCCCUACCGUGGCACCUACUGAGGUUCCCACUGAAGCCCCUACCGAGGCCCCCACUGAAGCUCCUACCGAGGCUCCCACUGAGGUUCCCACUGAAGUCCCUACCGAGGUUCCCACUGAAGCUCCUACCGAGGCUCCCACUGACGCCCCCACUGAGGCUCCCACUGAAGCCCCUACUGAGGCUCCUACUGAAGUCCCUACUGAGGCUCCCACUGAAGCCCCUACUGAGGGUCCCACAGAGGCUCCCACCGAGUCCCCUACCGAUCAUACUACCGCACAUCACUGA